AGUAUUCAAGUUUUAUUGUCAGGCGAGACAAAGCUUCAUGGAGACAUGGCGACCGAGGGAGACAGGAAGCCCGCGUUUUACAUGUGUAGCUGUUUAAUAAGUGAUAAUAUUUUCCUGGACGGAUACAAGCUGCAUGUCCGCUUUGUUUCCGAGCAGCAGUUCAGGUUGGACUAUCAGACACAGCUGAAGAGGCUUGGCUGUGUCACAGAGCAGCAGUUUGAAGAGGUGCUUCACAAGAUUUACCAGGAAGUGGACCGACGACGUGGGCUCGUUGUCACGUCUGCUGAGCGAGCUGCUGUGAUAAAACACACGUACAGGCCUCUCCAUCCUCAUGUCUACCAUCUGCAGGAGUCCUACCUUACUCCAAAAUUCAAGCAGAUUGUUGAGUACUGUCGAAGCAGCAGCGCUAACAAAGAAGGUCUCUUAGAACUGUUGGAAGUGGAGGCAGCGCCGAGGGUCUAUCGCUUCCCUGUGUUCCAGAGGAGCUUCUGUGAGGAGCUGAUGGAGGAGCUGGAGCACUUCGAGCAGUCGUCAGCCCCUAAAGGAAGACCCAACACCAUGAACCAUUAUGGGAUUCUCCUCGAUGAGCUUGGCUUUGACGAGGGUUUCAUCACUCCCCUCCGUGAGCACUAUUUGCACCCAGUCACCUCCUUGCUUUACCCGGACUGCGGGGGUUUCUGUCUGGAUAGUCACAAGGCCUUUGUGGUCAAAUAUGACAUGAACGAAGACCUGGACCUAAGCUAUCACUAUGACAACGCAGAGGUCACCCUUAAUGUUUCCCUUGGCAAAGAGUUCACUGAUGGCAACCUUUACUUUGGCGAUAUGAGACAGGUGCCCAUAUUUGAGACGGAGUGCGCAGAGGUCGAACACAGAAUCGGUGAGGGCCUCCUCCACCGAGGCCAGCACAUGCACGGUGCCCUGCCCAUCUCCUUCGGUCAGCGCUGGAACCUAAUUGUCUGGAUGAGAGCCUCACAGGAACGCAACAAACUGUGCCCCAUGUGUAAGAGGAGUCCAUCUCUGGUGGAGGGAGAAGGCUUUGCUGAUGGGUUCACGAAACACCAGACACCACUGAAUACCUCGUGCACACUGACGUGA